UAUCACGAGGAUGUUGUUUUCUGCACAUGUGAAUUUUAUCUGCCUGGUUUCUUUACUACACCAUCAGUAAUAUUUGGCUUUUUAUAGCAUAGACGAGUCUAGUAAUUGCAACCUGUCGUUGUGUGCGUAUCUCCGUUUGACUCGGUCGAAGGAAAGGACGAUUAGAAACUAUUCGCCCAGCACGUGUCCGAAACAGACCAGUUCAGCUGUGUUUAUUUCAUAAUAUAUAACCCGUGUCAUAAAUUAAAGGAGAUAGUCUUCUUCUUCGGAUAUAAGAUAUGAGGAAUCUUGAACUACUGAGAAGUUUUCCUGUGCUUGAGUUGGAAGGAACUGAGGAGCCAUUUUGUUUGGCAGUGGAUUGUGAUUGUGGAGUUAUUUACAUAGCAACAUCUACUCAAAUAACAGGCUUCCAGCCCACCACUCAACAGGCUGUAAGUUCUGUUUCACUUGUAUCCGAUGGUUACCUACCAAAGGAUGGUAGCGGCUGUGUUAUUGGAAUGCAGCACUUGCCAGACUUGGAAUCUGUAUGUGUGGCCACUGGAAAAGGAGAUGUGAUUCUUUGGAAUACAGUUACUGACCAGGUUGAAUGUGUUGGAAGUGUGGACAGUGGCCUAAGGUGUAUGGGAUGGAGUCCUGAUCAAGAGCUUGUGGUUUUCAUGACAGGAGAAGAAACUCUUAUCAUAAUGACAAAGGAUUUUGAUCCAAUUUCUGAGUUUCCUUUUUACUCAGAGGAGUUUGGUGAAGAAAAACCAAUCACAGUUGGUUGGGGAAAGAAAGAAACACAGUUCCAUGGGUCCCAAGGCAAACCAACAGCUGCUGAUGUACAGGAAGUUAUUGCCAAGCCUGCUGCAAGCUGGGAUGAUAGGAAACCAAGAAUCAGCUGGCGUGGUGAUGGACAAUUUUUUGUGGCCAGUGCAAUCCAUCCUUUGACAGGGGCCAGAACAUUGAGAGUGUGGAAUAGGGAAGGUGUUCUCAGCUCUACAAGUGAAAGUGUAGAUGGAUUGGAACAGGCAUUAUCUUGGAAACCAUCAGGCAGCUUAAUAGCUUCAACCCAGCGUAAGCCUCACAGACAUGAAGUGAUUUUCUUUGAGAGAAAUGGGCUCAGACAUGGGGAAUUUGUGCUUCCUUUUGGCAAGAUGGAAGUUAGGGUACUGGAAAUGGUGUGGAAUAAUGACUCGUCAGUACUGUUGGUGUGGGCUGAAGAGUUACCAAGCCCAGAACAGACUCAGGAAUUUGCACCAAAGUCUUAUGUGCAGCUAUGGACAGUAAAUAAUUAUCACUGGUAUCUGAAGCAGCAACUGGAAUUCCCAGCAUCUGUGAUCCACAGAGUGGCCUGUCUUGCAUGGGACCCAGAGGUUCCAUUACGAAUGCAUAUCAUGAUGAGAGGAGGUCAAUACUUCAGUUAUGAGUGGUGUUGGAGCACAGUUCAUAGUGAAGGGAACAGUGAACAGAACAUGUCCACUGUUGCAGUUAUUGAUGGAGCUAAGUUGCUGCUGACCCCAAUGAAGCACAUGGUGAUCCCCCCUCCAAUGUCUGCCUAUGCUGUGGACCUGCUCUCCCCAGUCUCCUUAAUCAGCUUUGCUCCCUUGACACACUGUAAUGAUAUGGCGAUUAUAAUGUCCAAUGGCAAGGUGGCAAUUUUCAAAUUAUUGACAGAAAAUGGUGUAAAAGAAGUGUUCAAGGCACCUGGCAAGGCCCCAAACCUUACUGGCAUGUACAGUAUAGACACCACAGACUAUCCAACAGUAUGGACAGGGGCCUUGUGUUGGCGGCAGAUGAUUUGGUGGAAGGAGUGCACCCUUAUUGCAGUUGGAUGGUAUACCAUGACUCAGAAAGACAUUAUUUGUGAAUUGGAGAUUUCCGUAGAAGAUAGGGCUGAUAGAAUUGUUAUAAGGCGCAUGACUGAAACAGACGCGCCAGUCCUUCGUCUUUGUGCCAGCCAUCACACUGAGUCUGUGUUAGUGGAACUUGUUAAUGGAAACUUGCUUAGUUACACUUCAGAUACAAACCAGGCCAAAUUAUCAACAUGGUUUAACAGUCGAGGACUUGAAAUCUCUCUCCCCCAGCCCUGCCAGUGUAUUAAAACAGCUUUAGUGGGAGAUGAGGAAGUCGUUCUCGGAUUGACUGAACACUCAAGGUUAUACGUUAAUUGCAAAGAGGUGGCCUCAAACUGCACUUCCUUCGCUGUUCAUGAUGAAUUUCUUCUUCUAACAACGCAUGCGCACACGUUGCGUUGUAUAAGUCUUUUACCAACCACGCGAGGUUUGCCAGUCUUAGUUGAAGAUAAACCGCAUCCUUUAGAUGAAAACAUAAGACGCGUUGAGAGAGGUUCACGUAUAGUUGUUGCUGUUACUCAGGAUACGAAAGUUAUUCUGCAGAUGCCUCGUGGAAAUAUAGAAACGAUUCAUCCCCGAUCGUUAGUGUUGUCAUAUUUACAGAAAUGUUUAGACAGGCUCAGCUAUCGAGAGGCCUUUACUGCCAUGCGCCGUCAUCGGAUCAAUCUUAACUUGAUACAUGACCAUAAUCCAAAGCUAUUCUUGGAAAACUUGACUACAUUUGUGAAUCAUGUGGAAUCAGUAAAUUUUAUCAACCUCUUCCUCACGGACCUCAAGGAGGAAGACGUGACCACCACGAUGUAUUCUGAUUAUUAUUCUGAAUCAAGACAGACCCCUGUUGUGUCUCCGGGAGAUGAGUUAAGUAAAGUUGAUCGAGUUUGUGAUGCCGUGCGCACUACUUUGGAAGCUGCAGGCCAUAACAAAUAUCUCCUGUCCAUCUUAACCACGUAUGUGAAGAAGAAUGUCCCAGAAUUAGAAAAGGUUUUGACGAUAAUCAAAGAUUUAAAAGCCAAUCCUACAAAUACAACAGAAACAGAACGAGUUACGUCAGAGGAAGCCCUUAAAUAUGUGCUCUUUCUGGUAGACGUCAAUCAAAUGUAUGACGUAGCACUGGGAAUGUACAACUUCGAAUUAGUACUUAUGGUCGCUGAAAAAUCACAGAAGGAUCCUAAAGAGUAUCUUCCAUUUUUAAAUAAUCUUCGCAAAAUGGAGACAAAUUUCCAGCGUUUCAGCAUAGACAAAUACCUCAACCGACAUACUAAAGCUAUUCAACAUCUUAGUUUGUGCGGACCAGAACAUUUUGAUGAGCUUGUUUCACUUGUGAAACAGAACUGUCUUUUCAAGGACGCGCUUAAACUCUACGUAAAAUCUAGCCAGGAGCACCGGGUGUUGUUAGUCGCUUAUGGCGAGUACCUUGUUCAACAGAAGAGACACGAGGAAGCCGGACUAGUAUUUACUAGUUGUGGAGCACACGAACAAGCUCUAUCAUCCUUUCAAAAGAGCGGAAACUGGAGACAAGUAUUUUGUAUGGCUUCACUGUUGCAGUAUAGAGGCGAACAAGUGGUUUCAUUGGCCAGAACUGUUGCAGGUUAUCUGAAAGGACAUAAGCGUGCCCUUGAAGCAUCGAGGGUCUUAGAAGAGUAUGCAAAGGAUCCUGAGGAAGCCAUCGCUGUUCUUAUCGACGGAAUGCAGUGGGAAGAAGCCCUGAGAUUGAUGUACAAACAUGAUCGGACUGAUAUUGUGGAUACACAUUUCAGAGGCGCAUUGGAUGAAGCGUACAACCAAAACUUGAGCGGCAUACAAGAACAGGACGAAUUGUUCAAUAAAUACACCAAGCGACUGCAAGUUGUCAGAGAACUGAAAGAACAGCAAAGUGUAGAGUACCAAGAGAGUGGACUGGCGCGAGAUGAUACGGAUCUGUUCUCCGACACGAGUAGUGUAGGUGACAACUCGGAGUAUGCCUCCAGCACCAGUUCCCGCGGGUCAAGAUCAACCGGGAGGUCCUCCAAAAAUCGCAGAAAAACUGUACGAAAGAUGUACAGCUUGAAAGAGGGCAGUAGAUUUGAGGAUUUCGCCUUGAUGGAAGCUCUUUCUGAGAUUAUUCAAACAGUCCACAAGACCACAGACGACGUGGCGUCCUUGCUGAAGGUGUUGAUUUUGUUUGAUCGUGAGGAAAAUGCUGCCGUCCUUCAAACUAACUUUCAAAAGCUCAUCUUAAUGAUAGAAUCAUCCACCGGCGCUAUCUGGCCUCCAGAGGAAAGCUCAAGCAAUUUGAGUCAAGCUUCUCAGCUCACAGGUCCUGGAGCCACUGUUAACAGCAUCAUUGCAGCUAUGAGAAGUGACCAGAGUACGACAUUAAAUAGGCCAAAAGAUGAGCCGCAAAGGCCAAAACCUCCGACCUUCAAAAUAGCAACUAACUGGAAGCUUGACCAACUACUGUCAUAACAAAUGUUCCCCGAGAAAAGAAAACCAAUGUUGUCCAUGAGGCUUGAAGUUCAGUGCUUCUUACAAAGGGUGUUCGUAUUUAAAGGACGUAACUAAGCCCCCCGUUCUCAAGCAAGAGCUAUAGACUUUGAACCAGUAACACAAAGGGAAAGAAAAGCCUGGAUGGAGAAAGUGAGAGUGCGCAACGGGCAAAAGAGCCUCAAAAAACGAAGGAGGAGAUCACAGAGGUGAAACGACACAAGACAAGAAGACUUGUUUUCUUAGCUCUUUAUAUCAAUUGAGUUAAACAAUUCGGACGAGAAGAGAACAAUGUUUCACUGGACACUUGACGGUUGAUGUCAGGCCAUUAUCGAAUUCGAACUAGAACAGGCUCAACAAUGCUCGUGCAAUCAAUGUUAUAAAUGAACUGCAUAAUGUUAAGUUUAAACAUUCAGUCCGGUUUCUCUUGAACGUUCUCUGCCCUAAAGCUGGUUUGCCUUCAAGUAAUCUCAAAGGAAAAGUUCUAGGGAUGCUAUCAUAACCCGACUUUGCAGUGAGUUUGAUAUCAUUCGUUUCACUACAGAGGUUCUUCUUUAACAUGCAGAACGCUGAUCCGUGCAUCACCAGCUAACAAAGAGAACAAAAAAAAAAA